AGCCCGGUGGUGUUAAAGUGGUUGUGAAAGAAGACAGUGAUGUGGUGUUACCCUGUUCUCUCAGCACCAAGGAGAACAUUGUACCAGGGGUCUUUGCCUGGAGGAAAGAUACUCAGAAAGAUGAAGGUCUGAAGGAGGUGUUCUAUUAUGACGCAGGCAUUCAUUACAACAACGGUCGUCCAGGUCAGAGUGAAGAGUUCAAAGGUCGAGUCUCUCAUUUUCCAGAUGAACUGAAACACGGCAACUCCUCCAUAAUCAUCAGAAAUACAAAGAUAUCUGACAGUGGAGAAUACACCUGUUAUUUUCCUCGUCUUCAGCCACCACAAAUAUUCUACAUUGAGCUUCUGGUUGCUGUGACUCCGAAGCCAUCUGUAACAAUACUUGAUGCCACAGCUGACUGGGCCCUGCUGCAGUGUGAGGUUCAUGGUGCUUCUCUAACAUCUGGAGUGGAGUGGAAGGACAGUGCUGGAAACACACUUCCUGCUGAGGAGACACGGACCCCAGAAAGAGACCACUACUACAUCACCCUCAACACUACUGUGACCAAGACAGACCACUACCUCUGUGUAGUAACACAGGAGGAAAUCAGCCAUCAGACUCACGCUGAGAUCUUUGUUCAUAUCAGUGAGAAAGUGUGUGAGGACUCAUCCAGUAAAGUGGCCGAAUGGAUGAUUGGUGGAUUUGUUUUGGGAGCUCUGACUCUUAUUAUAGUUCAUGUUCUGCUUGUAGUCGCGAAGAUCAUCACAAUACGCUGUGUUGUGGUAAGAGGUUCUCGUCAGCUGGGAAACAGUUUGAUCAACCAGGGAAAGGAUUUGGGCGACCAGCAAAAUGAUUUGGGUGACCAGGGAAUUGGUUCAUGUGAAGAGCUUUCAGAGAUACUAGAUCCAAACACGUUUCCCCGAA